UCAUUAAUUGAAAUUUGAAAAAUAAGACAAUGAAUUAAAGAAGAAAAAUACCUUAAUUACCCUUAAAUAAGAUUUGACCAAGCUAAAAAAAUAAAUCUAAAAUCAACCAAUGACAUUUAAGUAUAGCUAUAGUCAUACUUAAGAUGACCAUAGUAGAAACAUCCAAAUGAAUAGUGCAAAAAAUAGAAAUGGAGCAAGUAUUUAAAAACGGAGGGAGUAUAAAACAAAUUCUCUAAACCCGACUAAAUAAAAUAAAAAAAGGAAAAAUGAAAAUUAAUAAUCUUGUUAAAAUCCAAUGUAUCCCACUUGUGAAUGUCGCACAUUGGAGAAUGAAGAGAGGUGGUUCCACUUUAUAAGGUAGAGAAGUUACUCUUACUAUUGUCAUUUUUGGGUGUUUAGAGAGCCACAAGACGAGUGAUGAGAAUCGAUCACAAGAACUUAUGGAAUCGAACGAGAUAUUCUAACCAUUCAAGUUGUCUUUCACUCUUUAAAACUUAUAUAUAUUAUGUUAGUAUUGAUUAAUACGAAUUUGAAAAGACCUACAUGAAUAUGUUUUUCUUUACAUAUUAUUCACAAAAAAUGGUGAAUAAUGUAUCAGUCAAAGCGGAUCAACUAAAAAAUAACCCUUAAAUAUAUAUUAUUCAUAAAAAAUGAUUAAAGAAGAAGUGGUCAAUAAUAUACAAGUCAAUGCAGAUCAACUAAAAAAUAAAGGAGGAAAUACAAGGAUAGGAAAUUAUGGAGUACCUUAUUCUCUUGUAGAGAUGACAAACUCAUUUAGAUUCUAUUCCACAAAGUACUUUGCCGGUAACAUUUUCCUUAAAAAAAUAAAAAUAAAAAAAUAAAAAAAUAAUAAACAAAAAAAAAAAACUCAUUUAGAUCAGCAAAUCCCCAUAAUGGCCAUAAUACUCGUGGGAUAAUUAACACCUUUGGAAGAAAAAAAAAAGGCUAGAGACAUUGGAAACUGUGAAAUUUCAACGUGGCAUAUGAAUGACGUAAGAACAGCGCAUGACCAACGAGUAAGGACAAAGGAGCAAUAAAAUAAAAUAUUUUUUAAAAAAACAAUUAAAAAAUAAAGGCCAGCCCAACCCCAACCAUUUGGCAGCCCUCACUGGAAGGUCGGCGAGCCCAAACUCCUCCCCUACGCUGGCCGACCCAACCGACUUCCCUGCGAACUGGGUUGUCCGGGUGGGGGAGUGGUCUUGAUCGGCCGACGCUAUGGGAGAGGGCUGUCGGGACAGUCGGAGGGGUAGGCAUGGGGGUUAGGAAGGGCUUCGAAAUAGAAUAUUUUAUAAAGAUGGAAUUAUUAAAUAAUAAUAAAAACUAAACUUAUCAAACCUGAAUUAUUAUAAUCAAAAUUUUCUAAUCGUAUAAAAUUAAUAAAAAUGACAUGGCUUUUAACAUCUAUUUCACUUGUUUUGCGGCUUUGGAGUCGGCCAAUGACUCCCUAUAAAUAUUCAUGAUUGCACAUGAUAAUGCUACACUUCUUAGUUCUUACUUCACCACUUUCAUACUUUCAUCUAUCACUCUCCCUACAUUGUACAAUCUCCGGUUAGCUAAAAUGCAGAAAUUGGUGCUACAAUUGGAUGUCCACAAUGAUUUGAAUUGCAAGCAAAAGGCUAUAAAUCUAGUCUCCUCUAUUCUUGGGAUUGAUUCAAUCUCAAUGGACAUGAAGGAAAAGAAAUUGACCGUUGUAGGGGAGAUGGAUCCAGUAGAUGUGAUGAAAAAACUAAGGAAGAAAUAUAGUGCUAAAAUUAUAUCAGUUGGGCCUGCAAAAGAGCCUGAGAAGCCCAAAGAAGUGACCAAAAAGCCUGUGAAGCCCAAAGUUGUAGUCCCAGUGGUUGACUAUGUUAAUGCUAUGCAUGCGCAUAACACUUACUACACACCCUACACUGAUCCAUGCUAUUCCAGAUACAAGGGUUACACAAGAAGCGUGGAAGAAGAUCCAACCGGUUGCGUUAUUUGUUAAUUACGUAGUACUCCCUCCGUUCCAGAACAAAAUCGUUCUUUUCUCCUUAAUUUAGUUUUUCCCGGUUCUAGCUAGUAAGUUGGGAGUUUUUUUUCAAACUUAAGUAAUUAAGCUUCACUUUAAGAGCUUUUCUAAAACAGUGGAUAAAUAAUUAGUGAAAUUGCCUGAAAAGGUAGAAAUCGCUAUUGUGACUUUUGUGGAGCAGAAUAUGUAUACUUGUAUUAUUUUUAACUACAUAUAGUGAAUGAAUUAAAUUACUGGUCCACUUAGCUGUAAAGCUCUUUCCAUGUGC